AUGGCUCGCAGUGAUGGCUGGUAUACCUUCGGAGCGGCCAUCUUCGCGGCCAUCGGUACAUUCAUCUUCGGCUUCGACACUGGCAUUGCAACCACGACCAUCGCUCACCAGAGCUGGACCGAGUACAUGGGACACCCCUCCAAUGACUUGACUGGAGCUGUUGUCGCUGUAUACAUCGCUGGCGAAGCAGUCGGUGCCUUCUUACAGACCUUCACUGGCGAUCUGCUUGGUCGCCUCAGGUUCAUGCAGCUCAUGUGCAUCAUUGUCACCAUUGGCGUGGUGAUCCAGACGGCAGCCGUGAAUAUGGGCAUGUUCCUGGCUGGACGUGUGCUCGCUGGAAUCGCUGUUGGCGGCAUGGUCGGUACGGUGCCUAUCUACCUUAGCGAGAUAUCCGCUCCUCAUUAA